AUGGGCCUGCUACACUGUAUCGGCGUCAUCCUCGUAGGGCUGGAAGCGGUGCUCGCUCAGUCCAACCAGAAAUGGGACCUCAAGGAUUUCAAAACCUUGGUUACCUUCGGUGAUAGCUAUACGGACGAUACGCGAAUUAGCUACUUCAUUAAUCAUAAUGGGUCUGCACCGCCAGUGGGAUGGGUCGAGCCUAUUACCAACGAUUCCGCCUCUGGAGGCUACAUCUGGGGCCACUUCGUGCAUCAAUACGCUCAUUUAUCCCACCGCUACAACUACGCCGUCAGUGGCGCCUCCUGCUCGAACAAAAUAACUCCCCGAACGACCUCCUUCGGCCUGUACCCUUCCGUCCUGGAAUACCAAGUCCCGGCGUUCACAGCCGACAAUGCCUACCACGUUCCCAGCACAGGGGACAAAUUCCUCCAAAACGACCCUGACAGCACCAUCUACUCCAUCUGGAUCGGAACCAACGAUCUCGGCAACUACGCGUUUUUAACCGACUCGCAGGUCGCCAAUAAGACUAUUCCGGACUACAUUGAUUGCGUAUUCAAUGCACUCGAUGGGGUGUAUAAAGCUGGCAAGGGGAAGUACUUCGUUAUUAUGAACAUGGUACCGUUGCAGUUAGCGCCCUUGUACGCGACGCCGGAGAAUGGAGGCAUUGGGGCGAACAACUACUGGCCUGAUAAAACGGGAAAUUUUACCGAGAUAAGUUAUCGCAUGUGGGAGCAGGUGAGUACGGUUAAUCAGGUUUACGAGUAUCGGACGCCGUUUGAGUGGGUGGUUGGGAAGAGGUAUCCUGGGGCGAAGGUCGCGGUUAUGGAUAUGUAUUCGUUGAUCUCGGAUAUCUAUUACCAUCCGAAGCAGUAUCUCAAUGGGUCGGCGCCGGCGAAUGUCACGGGUUAUAUCCACCAUUGUAAUGUCGCCGGGUCUGAGUGUGAGACGCUGUCGAGUCCGGAUUCGUUCCUGUGGUAUGACCAGUUGCAUCCGUCACAAAGGACGGAUGAGAUUAUUGCUGAGGAGUUCAUUAAGGUCGUGAGUGGGGAGAGUGAGUAUGCGACGUAUUGGUCGUAA